AUGAGAAAUGGCUGGGAAGCAGCUGACGACUCACCCCCACAUAUAUGCAUCCUGGCGCUCCCCGUGAUUCGGGAGAACUUUGUGCUGGGAAGCGGCGGCGCCAAAGUCAUAACGCUGACAAAUGCCAGUGGUAUAAGGCGCCAGGCGGGCGCAGCUGUGAUUUUGUCACCGAGUUACAAAGCUGGAGAACGCUACGACUUCGUUAAUGGAAGCUCGGUCGUCCCGAGUUGCAAUUUGGUAAUCUGGUACCAGGCCCGUGCUCGUCACACGGAGCAAGAUCUGGAAGAUCCAGAAUCUUGCAAGAUCAUUUUGGUGUUUUUCCGCCAAAGGCGGGGCACAACAGCUGUCGGUGACUACGAUCGACACAUGUUCCAUCAUUCUAAUUCUGUAAACAUCUGUUCUCGACGUAUGUCGACUGCUGUCUGGAACACUUUCGCAUUCAAUUCAUCGAAGACGGACGCCCUUGUGAAACUAGACUGUAACGAGAUUUAG